AUGGAGUUUACAAAGGUGCAAGAGAUAGAGCUGCCCGCAGCAUUUGACGCACAUGUGCAUUUGCGCGAUGGGGAUAUGUCCAAGUUGAUCACACCUACGAUUCGAGAGGGGGGUGUGAACCAGGUUUAUGUUAUGCCUAACCUCGUGCCGCCCAUUACAACAGUGCAACAAUGUCUUGAUUACCGUGACAGGCUGCGUGCUAUAGAGCCCAACGUCGAUUAUCUCAUGUCACUCUAUCUGCACGAAUCGAUUACCCCAGAGACGAUUCGCGAGGCCAAGAAAGUGGGAAUCACGGGUGUGAAAUCGUAUCCAGCUGGUGUUACAACUAACUCCUCCUCCGGCGUCCUAGACUACAAACUCUUCUACCCCGUCUUCGCAGAAAUGGAAGCGCAAAACAUGGUCCUCAACCUCCACGGCGAAGUUCCCUCCACACCCCCCUCCGCCCCCUCCACCACCUCAUCCACCACCACAAACCCCGCAAUCACAAUCCUCAACGCCGAACCCGCCUUCCUCCCCACCCUCCUCUCCCUGCACACCACCUUCCCCCGCCUCCGUAUAAUCCUCGAACACUGCAGCACCGCCGCGGCCCUCACCGCGGUUCUGUCCUGCGGCCCAACCGUCGUCGGAACAAUAACCGCGCACCACCUCAGCCUCAUCAUUGAUGACUGGGCCGGCGACCCCUUUUGCUUCUGCAAGCCCGUAGCCAAGACCCACAGAGAUUAG